GGAGGGGCAGGAGGGUUUGGUUGAGCUGCAGCUGUUUGUCUGUUCGACACAGGCUCGGGCCCGACGGGGGAGACGGAGCCCCAGGCAGGUAAUGGAGUUAACCAGUCCGGGAACUGUGAGGUGAUAUCACUGAGGAAGAGAUUUGGGAAAGAGAAAUUCCAUUCCAGAAGGACUGUUGAAGCCUGGAAGUCCCCUCCCCUUUCCCCUCCCCCCUCUGCCGCUUUGUGGCAUCCCCCUCCCUCUGCCCUUUCCCAUUCUCAUAAUCUGGCCAUGACUAGCAGAAGCACAGCCAGGCCCAAUGGGCAGCCUCAAACCAGCAAAAUAUGCCAGUUCAAAUUGGUCCUGCUGGGGGAAUCUGCAGUGGGGAAAUCUAGCCUGGUGUUACGUUUUGUCAAAGGACAGUUCCAUGAGUACCAGGAGAGUACUAUUGGAGCGGCCUUCCUUACCCAGUCCGUUUGUCUAGAUGACACAACUGUCAAGUUUGAGAUCUGGGACACAGCUGGGCAGGAGCGAUACCACAGCUUAGCUCCCAUGUACUACAGGGGUGCCCAAGCUGCAAUUGUGGUUUAUGAUAUUACUAAUCAGGAAACUUUUGCCAGGGCGAAGACAUGGGUAAAGGAGCUACAGCGACAGGCCAGUCCUAGCAUCGUUAUUGCCCUGGCAGGGAACAAAGCAGACCUGGCUAACAAGCGCAUGGUGGAGUAUGAAGAGGCCCAAGCAUAUGCAGAUGACAACAGCUUAUUGUUUAUGGAGACUUCAGCCAAGACAGCUAUGAACGUGAAUGAUCUCUUCCUGGCAAUAGCUAAGAAGUUGCCAAAGAGCGAACCCCAGAAUCUGGGAGGUACAGCAGGCCGAAGUCGGGGUGUGGAUCUCCAUGAGCCUUCCCAGCAGAACAAGAGCCAGUGUUGUAGCAACUGAGGGGUGGCUAGCAGCAAACGAGUAUGGAGCUAGCACGAGAGCUAAGAAAUAACCUCCAUCCCCACCCCUCAGCACACAGCCCCUACGGUAACAGCACACUGAGCCCUGGCUCCCAAGGGCUGCCUCCUGACAGCUCCGUCAUGGCACUUUUUAACGCUUCAGCAACCAACACCAGGCAGCUGUUGCCACUGGCCUCCUACCCCCUACUCUGGGGUUUAGGGGUCAUAUCUCCCCAGGACUUAACUUCCAAAACAAACAUUCUUCACUUUGUAUUAUAGGUGCAAGACAGUGAUCUGAUCUUUCCUCCUCCUCCCCCUUGUUCUUUCCCAUAUUUGCAGAAAACAUUUUUGUCUCCUUCUCCCUUCUACUUUUGAUCAGUCCCUGUUUUUCAUCCUCUUUUCUUCCUCUCCCCAGGAUGGAGAAGGUAGUGAAUCCAUGAACUGGAGGGAGAUUUCUAGUUUAGUCAUAUUAAUGGCCCUGGGGAAGAGUAAAAGCUCAGAGCAAGAGGGAGUAAGGAAACAUUUCCUUUUUGUUUUUAUGGUUGGAGUUUCUCGUGUUUGAAAACAUUGCAGCAUACAUUAGUUGGCCCUGUGGAGGGUGUUCCUAGAUAGAGGUGAGAAUAGAGAGGCAAGCUCUCAGGUACCACGUGGGAGUCAUAUUGUUAGCUAAUUGGACAAAGUGGAGGUGAUGUGGCUCUGGAACUCUUCCAAGGCCCAGUUUCCUCACACCCAGCCUAUUAGGUAGCUUCUCCCCUAGAGUGGGGACUAGACCCUAGAGUCCUCCAAAGAAUCUUCACUGGUUGCCUGCAUCUUUGGCUCUGCUGUGAUCUAAUUGGAGGAGUUUCUGACACCUAUCCUCUGAUUUAUACAUAUGCAUUUUCCCCCAUUCCUCUGGCCUUUAGAUGGCCUCAGCCCUAGCCACCAUAUCCCCCUGCAGUUUGCACUUUAAUUAAUGGUAGUUCAGUCGGGAUACUUGUUUUAUGGGAGUUUUGAUUGAUUUACCUGCCCUCCCUCCUUUUUAAGUAAAUGGAAUCUGAAGUAUAUGAGGUUUGGGGAGGGGCUUUAGAGAACAGAACCAGUGGCAGCUACUCAAGCCCAGUCUCCACUGCUGGCUUCCUCCAACUCUUGAUUCUUAACCUAUAUUCUUGCCAACCUAGUUCGUGAGUAUAGGUUUGCCUUUCCUGGAGAAUUAACUGAGCAGUUGGGGAGUGGCCUCAGAGUAGCAUAGGCCAAAGUAGGGGAGUAAGAGAGGUCAGAAAAAAGGGAGUAGUUUUAUAUCCUUUCCCAGGGUUCACAUUCAAUUUGCUAUCCAUUACCAUGUCUUUUCUACUUCCUUGUAAAUAGGUAUAAUCUUUAUUCUCACUAUACACGUCUGUUCUAUCCCCUGCCUCCCAUCAGGAUCCCUUUUCUCCUUUGUUAGUAUCUUGAGUUUAGUUCCUCCAUCCUUAUCUCCAUACCUACCCUCCCCAACCAAUAGUUUAAUCCACAUACCACUAGGGGCUAGUACCACAGAGGCCUGGUUAUGGUCCCUUCAUAUCAUACCACCUGUUCCUAUGGACAGGAAGUGACUAGCACUGAAUGUGCCUCACAGCUGUCUCACAUCAUCAGAGGACCUUGGUCUUUUCUAAACUCUAAUGUCUCUUCACAUCCCUCAUCAGGUGUUUUAGAUGUCUGUGGGAAGCCAUCAAGGCAAGGGAGAACUCUAAGUUCUUUCUUGUUCUGGCCUAGAGUUUUGGAGAAA